AUGGAGGAUGUGCAUGGAUCUCGCAAAGUGCAAGUAACUAUUUUGGCUUCUGAAUGGGGAUCAAGUAAAGGGGGACUUUCCACCAUAAACAGGGAGUUAGCCAUUCAGUUGGCCAAAUGCCCUGAAGUGGAAAUCACUUUCUUUUUACCAAUAUGCAGUCAAAAGGACAAGAAGUUAGCCUUGAAACAUAACGUAAAGAUCGUUGAGGCAACACCAAUGCCUGGCUUUGAGUCUCUGGACUGGCUUUUCUUUCCGCCUGACGAUUUGCAAAUCGACAUUAUCGUAGGUCAUGGAGUUAAACUCGGUAUCGUGGCACUAAACAUUAAAAGAUCUGAAAGGUGCAAAUGGGUUCAAGUAGUGCACACGGAUCCAGAGGAACUUGGAAUGUUCAAAAACUAUUCAGAUCCAAUUUCAAAAGGCGAGAUAAAGCACACGACCGAAGUAAAGCUGUGUAAAAUGGCGGAUCAUGUUGUUGGGGUUGGUUGGAAGUUGAGUGAGGCCUUUCGCUCCUAUCUCCGCAGCUUCAAAAACGAUGACAAUGUAGUUGACUUCACUCCGGGAGUAUUUGAAGAGUUUGCGGCUGUGAAGCAGGCUCCUAGCGAAAGGCAACAGCGCACUGUGUUGGUGUUUGGUCGUGGGGACGCAGAGGAUUUCGAACUUAAGGGAUUGGACAUCGCUGGAAAAGCGGUCGCUGCAUUACAAGAUACUCGUCUUCUGUUUGUUGGUGCUCGAGAUGGAAAACACGAAGAAAUAUCAGAACGGCUGACCGAAUGUGGUGUCCCUGCACGUCGCUUGAGAGUAAGAGGAUUUGUUGAAGAUCGAGAGAGUCUAAGCCGCUUGUUUCAAGAAGUGGAUCUUGUUGUCAUGCCUUCAAGAACAGAGGGCUUUGGGUUGACAGGUCUUGAGGCUCUUUCAGCUGGUGUCCCUGUGCUUGUCAGUAGCAAUUCGGGUUUUGGAGAAGCACUGUGCAGUGUACCAUUUGGUUCGUCCUUUGUAGUAAACUCAGACGAUCCUAAUGUUUGGACCGCAAAGAUCAUGAAAAUUUGGGCAAAGGACAGAAAAAGCCGACUUAAGGAAGCGGAAACCUUACGUCAUUCUUAUGAGAAAAAAUACAACUGGGCGAGGCAGAUGAAAGAUCUUGUUGCAAAAAUGAUCACCUGGACUUAUGGUAUGAAUAGGAAUUAUCGUCUUCUUGGUAAAAAAAAAAUGUACCGGCCUAUAACAAAAAAACAAUGAUAGGAAAAAUUCAAAACAAACAUAGACCAAAAUCAUUUUUGGGUAUUAACACACAGAGAACUAUAUAGAUUAAAUUAGUUUAUGCACCGCUUGCAGUUGUUAACAGUCCUGAUUGAUAGGCUAGUUUACGUACAUAAGGCAGGUAAAUGGAGUAUAGUCUAUAGAAGGAGGCCAUAACCAUUUCAUUCUUUUAUAUGCUUUAUUUGGAGCAGUUGUAUUCCGUACAUUCAUAAUCACCCCAACUAGACUGUAUUUUUCCAUUAAAUUUAACAGAUGACUCUUUAAAGGCCCAGACCUCCUUAGAAACAGAACGCAAGCCCUCUCAACAACUGACUGAGCUUCGUGAAGGUGCGUGUUCUCGAAAGACUNUCACCUGGACUUAUGGUAUGAAUAGGAAUUAUCGUCUUCUUGGUAAAAAAAAAAUGUACCGGCCUAUAACAAAAAAACAAUGAUAGGAAAAAUUCAAAACAAACAUAGACCAAAAUCAUUUUUGGGUAUUAACACACAGAGAACUAUAUAGAUUAAAUUAGUUUAUGCACCGCUUGCAGUUGUUAACAGUCCUGAUUGAUAGGCUAGUUUACGUACAUAAGGCAGGUAAAUGGAGUAUAGUCUAUAGAAGGAGGCCAUAACCAUUUCAUUCUUUUAUAUGCUUUAUUUGGAGCAGUUGUAUUCCGUACAUUCAUAAUCACCCCAACUAGACUGUAUUUUUCCAUUAAAUUUAACAGAUGACUCUUUAAAGGCCCAGACCUCCUUAGAAACAGAACGCAAGCCCUCUCAACAACUGACUGAG